AUGGUUAUUGAUAGAGAGCAUGCUCAUGUUGCUUUUGGUCUUUUUGGAAGCAUCAAUGCAUUCAUCUUGUUGCUUUCACCCUUGCCUACAUUUAUUCAUAUGUGGAAGAAGAAAUCAGUGGAGAAAUUCUCACCAUUUCCAUACAUUGUUGCAUUCCUAAACUGUGGCCUUUGGCUUUUAUAUGGACUUCCAUGGAUUCAACAACAAGGAAGCCUUCUUAUCAUGACCAUUAAUAGAAUUGGACUUGCCAUUGACAUGGUGUACUUGAUGCUAUUUGUGUUGUACUCUAAAAAGGAAAAAAGGAUGAAAAUUUUCUUCAUCAUCUUAAGUGAAAUUGUGUUCAUUGGUUCACUUGCCAUUCUUGUCAUAACUCUUGUCCAUUGCCACAAAAAAAGAUACACAAUUGUUGGUACUAUUUGCAUGGUGGCAAAUAUUUUGAUGUAUGCUUCUCCUUUGACCAUCAUGACAGCAAAUGUGAUGGGAGCAAUGCUGGGGCUAGCACAACUAAUGCUUUAUGCCACCUAUUACAAGUAUACUGGGAGACAGAUAACAGAAAGACAAACUCAAGGAAAACUGGACCUGGUUGAGAAGACAGUCUCUGGAGCGGCCCAAAAGGCGAGCAACGAGGCUGCGCUAGUGUUUAACUUAAUGUUUGGAAGGCCCAUAUUCUAA